CGCCCGCGGCGUCCGAGGCCGAGGGGCCGCGGGAGGCCCCGCCAGCUCCGGAGAGGGAGGGGGCGUGGCUUCCCGGCAGGGCGGGUGGCCGCGCCUCAGUCCCGCCCCCACCGGCAGCGGCCUCCGCGCGCCAAAAUCAAACCCCGGGGCCCGCCGGCUGGAGAACCUGCGGCGGCGGGAGCUCGGCUUGCGUGUCAGGUCACGUUCGGCAGCGGCGCGAGCCCCAGCGCGCGCACCUGCGGCCUCUUCCCAGCCCUCCCUGCUAGCGCUCCGGGCCGCCGCAAGACCAGAAUGGCCACCCCGCCGAAGAGGAGCUGCCCAUCUCCCGCGACCGGCUCUGAGGGGACCCGCAUCAAGAAAAUUGCCGUCGAAGGCAACAUCGCUUCAGGGAAGACAACAUUCGUGAAUAUCCUUAAACAGGUCUGUGAGGAUUGGGAAGUGGUUCCUGAACCUGUUGCCAGGUGGUGCAAUGUUCAAAAUGCUCAAGGAGACUGUGAGGAACUGACGACAUCUCAGGAAAGUGGUGGAAAUGUUCUUCAGAUGAUGUAUGAGAAACCUGAACGAUGGUCUUUUACUUUCCAGUCAUAUGCCUGCCUCAGUCGAAUACGAGCCCAGCUUGCCUGCCUUGAUGGCAAGCUCAAAGACGCAGAGAAACCUGUAUUAUUUUUUGAGCGAUCUAUAUAUAGUGACAGGUAUGUCUUUGCAUCUAAUUUGUAUGAAUCUGACUGCAUGAAUGAAACAGAGUGGACAAUUUAUCAAGACUGGCAUGACUGGAUGAAUCAACAGUUUGGCCAAAGCCUUGAACUAGAUGGAAUCAUUUAUCUUCGAGCCACUCCAGAGAAAUGCUUGAAUAGAAUAUAUUUACGGGGAAGAAAUGAAGAACAAGGCAUUCCCCUUGAAUAUUUAGAGAAGCUUCACUAUAAGCAUGAGAGCUGGCUACUGCAUAGAACACUGAAAACCAACUUUGAUUUUCUACAAGAAAUCCCUAUCUUAACAUUGGAUAUUAAUGAAGACUUUAAAGACAAACAUGAUGGUCUGAUUGAAAAGGUCAAAGAAUUUUUGAGCACUUUGUGAUUUUGCUGAAGACUACAGGCAGCCAAAUGAUUCCAGAUACUUCAGCUUUGUGUAUCUUCGUAGCUCAGUAUUCAUACAAGUCUCUAGAAAACCCAGGUUCUUUACCAUUUUUGUUCCAAGAAAAAAAUUGUUUUGAUGAAUUCUA